ACACAAACGCAAAUUUUGAAAACAACGACUAAACAUCAAUAAACACUCUUGCGAUCUUAUUUCACGACGUCAUCCCCGAUGUCAUUUUGAUGUCGUUUACGGUAUCCGGGUAGACCAGGGCCCCUGCUCAGACCAGGGCCCCCAGGACCAGGGCCCCCAGGACCAGGGCCCCCAGGACCAGGGCCCCUACGGACUGGGGCCCCUACGGACUGAACGGCGUCCCGGAAUCUGGUACACGGCGAGGCGCGGCCGGAACCGGAGCUGUCUACCAGCGUAUCUGGGCCACCAAGUACGCAUGUCAUGACAUGUAGGUCCUAGCAUCGGGCCAGGAGGUACGCCAAGUAGCGACAGCUGCCGCCGAGUCAUGAAAUGAAAAAUAAAGAAGCACAGUCAGACGCCACGACCGACGGGCGCCGUUUGUAUUCGAAAUGUUUCCCAGCAAAAGCACUUCUUGAGUGGACAGGGAUGCAGCUCAAAGUGCUAACGAGAGACAUCUCAAAUUGUCACUAUGAAAGUCGAGCUGUGCUUUUUUUGUACGUAGAGCGACGCCCCAACUCUUCCAGAUCCAGACGCCGGCGCACCAGAUUCCGGGACGCCAGAUUCUGAGACACGACUGGGGCCCUGGUCUACACCUUUACCGUCGUUUACAAAAACUUCGACGCUUCAUUCAUUUCAUAGCUUUUUCCGUUUCGUCUGAACCCCAAAAGAUAAAAUCACAAGUUUUGUCCCGAUGAAGAACAUGGACGGUGGCCCCCACCUGCUUCAAGAGCGGGGCGGGCAAGAAGAAAACGCUGUUGACAAGCGAGACGAGGUUGAGGAACAUAUUUUAGCCGAGCAGCAAGUUUUGAAGGAAUUCGAGGAGGCGCUAGGGAAAAACGUGCACAGCCUGGUAUGAGAGUGCACAAUUCUUCCUCCCGCUCCGCAGUUUGAACAAGAAGGCAGCACCACCAACCGAAGCACUGUUUUAUCAUAUUAAGUGUGGCGUCGUCCGCAAAAUGCCAAUACACCUGGCAGAUCCACCACCACACGGAUCUCAUAUUUGCUUGUCUGAAGUGUUGCGACGUGCGAGGCAAUGUUGUAGUGUUCUUAAAAGUUCUAGCCUAAGCACAGGCAAAGUGUGCAGUUGCGUUUUUGCAUGGCAAAUGCGGGGCGGGACGACUCAGUUUUGCACGGUCAUACGAGAAUCCUGGCGAUCCCAGCCUGACCAGUGGUACUACAGGAGGGCAGCUCUCAGCGGGCGGCGACAGUGCAGAAGUCCUAGAGAUGAAGGCGACGGACCGGAAUUUUGUGGACAGCGACGCUCUUCCCAGUGUUGUAGAAGGAGAACGUCACGAACACGAGCUCGAGCACCCCCACGACCGGGUUCCGCUCCGGUUCUCUCGGCUUGGUGUUUCGGAUGUUCUCUCGCCCGUUGGGCAGGAAGCACGGCCGAAGAAAAUGAAAGAUACUGCUCGAGGAGAAGACGAGGAAGCAGGGCCACGACAUGAUGUUGGCACCUCCAGGAGCAGGACUACAAAAAGACCCACGACCUCUGCACAAGGUAGUGCAUCUACGAGCCCGCGGAAGAUCACGGGUUCGACAAAAACGCGCUCCGCCGGCGAGGAAGAGGCCAGGCUUUCCGCCCUCCUCGGUUCUGCUCCCACAGCUGCCGGACCAAGCGCGCAAACCUGGCCAAGCACAGCACCCAUGCUCAAGCACCUGCACGAACUUCAGCACUUUGCCCGCGCCCACGAAACCACGCUUUUGCUGGGUACGAUGGCGGGCGGGGUGUUCGCCAUGCUGCUCUGGGUCGGGCUAUACUACCUGGGGAUCUCUCGUCGCUGUUCUAGCGUCUUCCGGGGCGGUGGCCGGUUCAACAGUACCUCUCUUGCGGGCCGGGGGCAGAAGGAGGUGUUGACUUCAAAAGCUGAGCGUAGUGAGCGAGAUUGUUGUAAAAAUAUUCUUGAACACGACUACUCGAAACACGACGACGAGGACGAAGAUGCGCGCUACUGCGAAGUAGAGGAGACAACUUUGUCGUUUUUGCUUGGAAUCAAAUGCAAGCUGAGUGGAUCUUCUGUCCAGUUCAACAAAGCGCAAGAAACUUGCGACAAUGCUGACGCUGUCUUCUUGCAGCAGGUGCUGGUGGUCGAAGAUCCUGGCGAGUCGGACUCCUUGACGGAAGACGAACUGUCGGAACAAGCGGAGCGGGGGUCAAAGCACACGAUCAUGGCAGCUCAUCAUCAUCUCUCGUUGUUUCCACCCGAACAAGCUGAUCCUCAUCUUGCUCCUGCUGUAAAUGCUGAAGAAAGGGAGCCCUUUGAAGCUGUUCCGCAUCUGUUCUCAUCCGGUGACGAAGCGGAGGACCAGGGCGAGGGCUUGGAGAUUGCAAUUGACAUGGAAGAUCAUCAUGCUGAUGUUGUUCAAGAGUCAUCUGACAAGAACGACUGCAGCACUCUCGCGGACCACGGGUCCUCCACCGGCGGUACAUCAGGGGGGUCGUUCCCCAGUGCUGCUGAUGUCACCAGCGAGAGCCUGAUCGGCCGCCAACCAACUUCUACAUCCAUCAAACCGGCUGCAAAUCAUGAGGCGAAGAGCACUGUAUGCAGUGGAAAAGUGAAUCAAUCAAAGUGGAACUGAUCUGCAUCUACAAGUAGAGAAACGAGUAGUACAUUCUGCAGUAGCAAGUAAGUAGCCGAAGUGCAAGUGUAAUCGUGCAAGCCUUUUCAUCAAAUACAAAGCUUGCAAUGAAUGAAUGGCCACGACACGAAGUAGGCAGUAUUCUGCUGCACAUCAUUGGCCGAUCAUUUUGCUGCGGAGUUUCUGUCCUGCUGCUGGUUGUGGAUUUACUACUUCUACAUAAAACUCAAACUACUGACUCUACUGUGUCGGGUUCUGGGUCGUGUGGAUGCUAGUGCACAGAAAAUGAUUUUUCAUUUUCCACUUCCAUAGGCCUCGCGGCUCACUUGGCGGGCUACUUGUCCUUCCGAAGGCAGCACGUGUCCUUCCGAAAGCGAGAUGGACCCGCUGCUCAGACAUGACUGA